AUGAAGUCGUCGUUGGCUCAUCUCAUCCCCAUAGCCUCGCUUGGGCAUUCCCUGGGCAUCUCUCUCCCCGGCCCGCUGAUUCCCUCUAUUCCUGGAGUCACGACGCCCCUGACCCAGAAUGCCCCUCCGCUCCCAAUCUUGCAGGUUCCCACGCCUCCUCUGGACAGUCCCCCGUUCACGGCCAGCAACAUCAAACCCAAGAAGAUCGGAUACUUCUGGACCGGUGCCGGCGACAAGCAGCACAAGGACUUCCUCGCGACCUACAGUCUGGAUGAUGAUACCUUCGGCACCCUUCUGUGGAUUACCGAUGUGCCCACCAGUGGCAAUGACCCUCACCACCUUGGGCCCUCGAUUGACGGCAAGGCCUUGAUUGGCGGUGGACUCCUGUCACUGCUUAAGACACAGGACACGGCCUUCUACUUCGACACGUCGAACCCCUACCGUCCCAAGUUCCUCAAGAGCAACCGCGGCAUCCUGUCUUCGAUUGUCGACGAGAUCCGUGCCAAGCCCGAGGGCGGUUUCUAUAUCACCUACAUGGGCUCGGCGGUUGGCACUUCGCCUGGUCGUCUUGUUGAGACGGACGCCGACUUCAACAUCAUCCACGAGUGGCCCGAGGACGUUGGCAGCGUGUUGAACAUCCUCGGCGAGCAGUUCAACCCGCACGGCCUGAGCAUCGAUUGGGAGAGAAGGACUAUCCUCACGUCCGACUUUGUCGAGCCCGUGAGCAUCCUCAAGCCCAGUCUCGGCAUCAAGCGUGCCAACACCCUGCGCCUGUGGGACCUGGACUCGAAGAAGAUUCUCAACACCAUCACCAUCCCGGAUGGCGGCGGCAUCCAGGACGUCAAGCACAUCCCCGGCAACCCUGAGGGCGCCGCUCUCGCCACGGCAGUCCACCUCGGCCAGGUCUGGAUCAUCUACCCUGAGCGCCGGGACGCCAACGGCAAGCAGGGCGUUGCCGAGCUGCUGUACGAUCUCGGUCCCAAAGCUCGUGAUACGACCGCCAUCUACUCCGACAUCUCCCAGGACGGCCGCUUCGUGUACCUGACGCUGACGACGGCCAACCACAUCGCGGCGCUCGACAUCAGCGAUCUGAACAACGUCAAGCGGCUCGACAACCCAGACGAGGUGCAGCCGACCAUCGGCCCGCACUACGUCAAGAUCACGCCCGACCAGCGCCACCUGCUCGUGACCGACUACUUUGUGCAGACGGGCGAGAUCGGCCUCAUCAACACGCCCGCCGACUACAAGGCGCUGUACAUUGACAUCCUCGACGACGGCAGCCUGUCCUUCAACCGCACCAUCGACUUUAGCCGCGAGUUUGCCAACCGCGGCGGCGGCCGGCCCCACUCGAGCGUCGUCUUUGAUCUGUCGGAUCCUGAAAACCCGCUUUACUACUAA